UCACAGAGAGACACGACGCGGAAGAGACGUGGCACAUAAACACAGCGAGAGGAAGGAACCCAGCUAGCUGCCAGUGAACUCUACCGAUGACAGCUUGUGGGAGCUGCCUUGCUUGGGGACCCGACCGGGGAGCGUACAUGACCGCCGCACAGCGUCCGGAACGACCAGGACUCGAGUGAAGUCUGCGUGACAGCACAGGUGGCUAUGGGUCUCUGCAAGUGCCCAAAAAGAAAGGUGACCAACUUAUUCUGCUUCGAACAUCGCGUCAAUGUUUGUGAGCAUUGCCUCGUCUCCAACCACAACAAGUGCAUCGUGCAGUCGUACCUGCAAUGGCUUCAGGACAGCGAUUACAACCCCAACUGUACUCUGUGUAAUAUUCCACUGACUGCUCAAGACACCGUCAGACUGGUCUGCUACGAUGUGUUCCACUGGUCCUGUCUUAAUAACUUGGCAUCUCGGUUGCCGCUCCACACGGCUCCAGCGGGAUACCAGUGUCCCACCUGCCAGGGUCCAGUGUUUCCCCCCUCUAACCUGGCCAGCCCCAUUGCCGAUAUGCUGAAAGAACAACUGUCAUCUGUCAACUGGGCUAGAGCUGGUCUGGGUCUGCCGCUGAUUGAAGAGCCCAUUGGUGCCGUUGAGGAGACCACAGCUAAUGAUGUCACCGAUUACACUGACUGGUCAACAUUUGAUGCACAAGAACAAAGUAACAUAUACCCCAGCCACUCCUACAACACCAGCCUCGGUCCACCACCAAACAGAGUCUUACCCCCUCCAGCACAGGAAGACCUCGGAGGUCCUCAUAAAAACGGGGAUCCAAAUUUGCAGGAUCAUGAUGUGGUCAACUUCACUACUGCCACCCCCUGUGACACAAUAACAAUACACAAAGCUUCAUCCCCAAGAAAGCUCUACGACACACGGGAAACUGGUCACAGCUCUGUCACGCAGAUCGACUUUGAUGACGACAAAUACCGGCGACGACCAACAUUAAGUUGGUUUGCUCAAAUUCUCAAGAACCGCACAGGUGGAAAGCGGACAUCUCUGUCCUGGAAGCAGCGGGUCUUCAUGCUUCUCCUGGUCGGAGUUCUUGGAUUUUUUACGUUGAUAAUCAUCAUGGCUAAACUCGGACGUGCCUCGGCUGGCUCAGACCCAAAUUUAGAUCCUCUCCUCAACCCCCAUAUUCGUGUGGGGAAAAACUGAUGACAGGCAUUGAUUCCUUCUUUUACUUCUGUGUUACCUUGGGACUUUCCAAUACACGGUGAGCCCAAUAGAGAGAGCUGUUCACCCAACUUGAACGGUAAAGAGAUGUUGCACCUCUUUAGAGUGGAUCUCUGGCUCCAUUCAUUUACACCAGGCAUUAGAAACAUGCCACGUGCCCACCAGACCAUGAAAAUAUCUCACAACAUUCAGGAGGUUUAUGUGAUCCUAGCAAAGCAACCUGAAAAUGUAAAUGUUGACCAGAGACCUGUAGCAUAUACAGUAGUCAGUAGGUCCAGUAAUUGUUGCUUUGAAUAGCUAUUGACAAAGAGUAUUUAUAUUUCGAAUUCCAGCUAACAUUUGUCACUGACCUUUUUUAAGUUGAAUUUUUUAAGUUCAGUAGAAACUAAAUGAACACUGUUGAUGUUGAAAGAACAUCCUUUGCUGGUUGAAAUGUCAGAAUGUAUAUAUUCAGCUACGAAACGUUGAGUAACGUUUACACGGUUAUAAACUGAUUCCACAUGCUGAUAUGAAUUGAUUGGCCUUGUGCAUUUCUCCUUUAGAGAAAAGGUGGUCCUCAGAAAGGGAAUCAAACCCCCCCCCACGCGAUUAACAUAACUAUUUAUGGGUGUCUGCAUUAUUGCUGAGAUUCUGAGAGUGCAUUGCUUUUAGAUUUGCCAUACAUUCUGUAUGUACAUUUCCUUGAUGUUUUUUUUUGACUGUCUAUUAAAUGGGAAUGCUACAGCGCAUAAGUAUUUCAAUUAUUCACAGAGUCUAUGGGUUGUGACCAUCAUAUAAUGUGGUGUUUAGGCAAAAUCAAGAGUGAAGGAUUGUCAGGAUGGGAAUGUAAUGUGCUUAUUCAAUGAGAAUUAAUAAGUUAUAAAACAUAAAAAAAUAUCCAAUCUGUUAUUCAUUUCCUCAUUUCUUUUUUUUUUAAAGCAGCUGCUGGUUGUACGUAGCAUAUGGAGGCUUUCACAGUAAAAUGUUACACUCCUUUUCAAAGGAAAAAAAAAAGGUUUUAUUUAUGAAUAAUGUUUAAAAAUAACAAAGAACUAGGGGGAUUAAUGGCCAUCAACCACUCAUUUACUCUAACAGGAUUUCACAAUGGCAAAUCUUUGACUUCCAUAAUAAACAUUUACUUUCAAAGAUAA